AUGUAUAAAUCCAAACGAACCCAAUAUGGAGGAUCAACUGCUAGUACUUUGGAUCUGCUACACACCUAGGACUGUCUUUUCUGCCAAUAAUCUCAGAAAUUUUGUUCUCUCAUCACAAGAGCUCUAUACAUCAAAUACUCAGCCAGCCAGAACUAUUACUAUCAAAAGGAUAUCAAUAUAAUACUUUUGCAAUAACGAUCGAAACAAUACACCACUUAUAAAGAAUGGACAUAUUACGAUUCCAAUGAAUAUUUAAAAAGAUUCUACUCUACAAAUGAUACAAGACAAAAAACCAUUGUAUUAACCGAAUAUUAUAAAUUUCAUCGAGAUAUUGCACGCCUGUUCAUGUUGCCUAUAGCUACUACAUUAUCUAAAUAUCAUGAUAAACGUCGCAGAAUAGAAUACAUCAGAAUAUCUAGGAUGCUAGGAGGACAUGUUGAAUAACCAACAGCAACAUAAAAUUCUAUCUAAACUUCAUUGCAAAAUCUUUUGGGUUAGUUAAAUUUCACUAAACAAGAAUAAUCUAACACAUUGAUCGAGAUAUAAAAGAAUUUAAAAGAAGCCAUAAACACUUCAAAAAACACUCUAAGAGAGUUCGAUUCUCGUAAAUACAAUCUACCUCUCUAAAGAAAGGAUUCUGAUUACUAUAAUAAAUCAAAAUAGGAUCAUAAAUCUGAUACUAAUUCUAGACUAGAAUUCAAAGAAAACUUUAAUGAACUUUUCUAAAGAAAAAAACCUUUAAAAAAUUCAGCCAUUUAAACUUAAAGAGAAGUUUCACAACCAAAGGUUUACAGCACGGAAAAAAUCUGCAAAUUACAGGUUCAAUAGAUUCCACUUACUUAAAGGAAUAUCAAUAAUACAAAAUAAUCUAUAUCUCCAAGACCUACAACUCAAAGAUCUAUAAAACCUUAAAUUAUGCAAUUACUAAAGCCUUGUCAGAAUAACAGCAAUAAAUUAAAGGCCACUAAUAUUAUAUUAGAAUGUCUAAUGAGAAAGUUAAACCUAGAUCAAAAAACUCUCACUAAGCAAAAAUCCAAGUCUCCUAAUAAUCCUUCAAAUCAACAAGCGAAAAGAAAGAGAAGAGUAAUGAGCACUAAUUAAGAAACGUCGAAAAUAGAUUUGACUUAAUUAAAAUAAAAAUAAUCGUAGUUGUUGUAGAGUAGGUUUGAUUAAAAUAAUAUCAAUAAAGGAUAUAAAACAGGAAGAGCCUCAGCUAUGGCUUGA